AUGAAUGCAGUUGGUGGCGCCGAUCGGAAGCCGGCACAUGUUAGGGUUUUCUGCGGUGCGGACCUCCGCUUCGAGUCUUCAUCAGCGACUAGGAAUCAGGAUGCCUUUCCAGACUACAUUCACCUUGGCCAAACGGGCGAAAGGCUGUCAUCUCGGUCAGUGGAAAAAUCUUCAAAAAUGUCCUCUUUUGACUGGGUAAUUUUCAAUCGAUUUGUUCUUAUGUACAUGAUUUACAAUCUUCUAGUCACCGAUGAGGUUACCAAAAAUAUUAAAGAGGGACUUAAGAACUGCGAUAUAGGCGUCGCACAUUUUUUUAUACAACAUACCAGUGCAGCUUUGAGCAUAAACGAAAAUUAUGAUUCUGAUGUCCGAAAAGAUAUGGAUAUGGCUCUUGAUCACAUCGUCCCGGAAAGCUUGAAAUGGAGGCACACAGACGAGGGGCCAGACGAUUCUGUAUCUCACACCAAAGCCUCGCUAAUUGGAUCCAGUAUUUCUGUCCCAGUUACCAAAGCGAACUUUUGCUUCAAAAAAGAGGCUUCAAACGACUCACGAGAAUUUGGCAACAACUCUCAAAACCUUCCGCUCCCUUCCUUCGCGACUUUGAUACCCUUAUUAUUCACCAACCAACCCAUCCUGCUUUUCGGAAAACGACCAUCCCUGAAAAUGUCUCCAUCUCAAUCAAUCGUUGCUCUCCUUGUCUUGUCCGCCUGGGCUUUCGCAUCCCCGAUGCCCGCUGUCGUCGUCAAGACUAAUGCGGCUGCCCAAGCUGGUGUAACUGCCGCAAUCUGCGAUCGUCUCAACGUCAAAGUCCUCGGAGCCAAGAUUGUCCAAGACGCUUGCGUGGCCGCCGGACUAGCAGUCGGCGCAAAGGUGUCUGCUAUCGCCGUCUCUCCCACUUUCCCUAGUGACGUUUAUGCGACCGCUUUCGUUGGUACCCUCAAUACUGCCACCUCUGUUUCUGGAUUGCUCUACUCGAUUCUCUCCAACGUUGAUGCCGCAGCCACUACGACAUUCAACAACCUCUCGGCAGAUGUCAUAAUUCCUACCCUAACUCACGUCUCAGCCGACCUCAACAGCAUAGUCGCUAGGGUCGGAGAAGUUAAACGUUGUACCGAGGUCCAAGUCGAGGCCAGUUUGUACCAAGGCUUUGUGACCCUCGCGACGGCACUGCAGAGUGUGUUCUUGAGGAUCUCGAGCCUCCCAGCGCUCUACGCCCGAGUGGAGGUCAGAGCGUCUGUGCAUGACUCACUCUUACAAGCCCAGGCUGCGCUACACGUUUUCGUCGACCAACUGUUCCAAUUCAUCUCUGCCGACCUCGACAAGAUUAAUCUCAGAGCAGCUUUGUUCUUGAGUCUCGACGCAGCUAUCAAAGCCACUGCUUGA